AUGGGUAUUUCAACACCCGCAGAACCAGCUCCUGCCUACGAGGACCUAUUUCACGAGCGCGGUUCCAGCUCACGGAAUGGCUAUGCCAUGGUCGGUCAAAUAGACGACGAUACCACUGAUGCACACCGAGACGUGGAACAGGGUCACCACCUUCACACGGUCCCCGCCCCUAUCGCAGUGACAGUGGCCGAUGAGCCGGAUCAACACACUCACUGUGCAGAAUGUGAUCGACAGCAGGAGCGCAGAGAGAGAAGGGAGAGUUCACAGAAAGCGUGUACCAUGGUUGCGACGACAUUUAUCCUGAUUUCUCUGUUCUUAGCGAUAUUGGGAAUUGUUGGUGUUGGGGCUUGGAAGGAUGUUCGUUUGAAGAAGUUACAUGGUUAG